AUGGUUGUUACUGAUAAGGAUGAACAAGCUGUUGACUCAAGUAUUCCAAUGUACAUGCAUCCAUAUGAUAAUGCAGGUGCAUUGCUAGUACCGAGUAUUUUUAAUGGAAUUGCUUAUAGAUCAUGGAGGAGAGGAGUAUUGAGAUCCCUCUUAGUGAAAAAUAAACUCGGUUUCAUUAAUGACGACUGUAAAAAACCAGAUUCUAAUUUUCCACGGUAUCGAUUGUGGGAGAGAUGUGAUAAUAUGAAUGAACUAGAAGAUCAAUAUGAUCAGACUAAUGGUACAAGACUCUACCAAAUUCAGAGGGAAAUCAAUGAUUUGUCACAAGGAAACAUGGACAUUACUGGUUACUACACUAGGAUGAAGCAGUUGUGGGAAGAGUUGAAUAAUCUAAAUGCUAAAACACAGUGUAGUUGUAAUUGCACUUGUGGAGCUAACGAGAAUAUGCAUAAAGUAGAACAGGAUAGAAAAUUAGUUCAGUUCCUGAUGGGAUUAAAUGAAGUUUAUACUAUUGUUAGAUGA